AACUUCCCCAGACAUAAAUCUUACUCUUAACCGAGGCAAACCUCGUACAGUUAAAGGAUACAGGAGGAGCACACAGGCUUACAAAUGGAAGAGGCUUUCUUAUCUCUUUAUCAAGAAUUCCAAGUGUUGCAAUCUAUAUGUACAAGGCAGGCAAAACUUCUGCGCAUGUUGCUGGCAAAAAAGGAAAUUAUCAGUGAUGUUCCCAUUUCAAAGCCCAUCCAGUGCAGUGAUGUAGAUGAGUCUUCAUCCAAAAAAGGUGCAUUCUUUAACCUCAAUGCAAAGGAAAAUGAGUUUACUGAGGCUUUGAAAUCAAGGACAAAUGACUUCCCUACGCCUAAACUGUUAAAGCCCUCAGAGGAUUCUGCCGUCUUGGAGCCUUGUGUACCAUUCCCUUCUAUCAAAAAAAAUCAUAGUUUACCAAGCAGUGAGAAUGAAAAAGUGGAGCUUGCUGUAGACUUCUCUAAGUUAAAGUAUGGCGAUGAUAAACGGAAAAGCAAGACUGACCUUGAAUUAUUUAUCAAAAACUACACACCGCAAUUCCAAAAUGCGAUUGCCACUGGAGACGAAAGCAUUUGUGGUCCUACCACAAUAGAUGUUGAUUUUCUUUUUGGAAUCAAAGCAGAUCAGAACUUCAGUCUUUGCAAUUCCUACGAGGACCUGUGUUAUCUUCAUUCAAAAGAUAUAUCAUUUGGAGAAUGUUUAGCACCUGAAAACAGAAGCUCUACUGCAGUAAGAGGCCCAGCUCAGUCAUCGUGGACACCUGGCUGCCUGUCUGGAGAAUACCAUAUACCAAAUUCAGAUGUUGGUCUUAGUUCUCAAAUAUGUGAAUUUUGCCAGGCUAUAUUUCCAGCUGGUACUGCAACCGAAGGAGAUUACUUAAGACAUCUUAUGGGACAUGUGGAGUGAAUGUCAAGAUCACUUAUCAAACUGAGAAAGCGCUACACAAGGACAACACGAUCAAUAAAUGAGUAAUUCCAAACUAUUUGUGGAAAUAUUUUUUUUAAGAUUGUUAAAAAUAUAUGUAGCGUUACAUGGAAAAUAGAUUACAAAUCCAAUGCACUAAACUAACCAAACUAAUAUUGUAUAUGUAAUUAUUUACAAUAAAACCAUGUUAUCGUUUUGUGUUGAUAAAAUAAGCCCCUGGACAUACUUAGUCACCUACUAUAAAUUUGAAAUGUAUUGAUACUGACAUGCCAGCAGAA